GCAUCACAUCUUGAAUUUACUGCUACAACAAUCCUCAAUUCUCGGGACUGAUUUCAAUAUACUCAUUUAUUCAGUCAUACACUAAUAUAAUCAUACCAAAAUGACAUCCACAGCAGCGCCCAAAGUACCAGUCUACUCUCUCAAUGAUCUAAAAUCCACAACCGAUGACGCUUUAACACCCUACCUCUCCACACUCCCUCAACCCUACACCUUUCGUCGCGACAACACCAAACUCACCAUCCGCUUUAUCCUGGGCUAUACCGCCGUCGCCAUCGCCGGCGUCACAUUCUAUCUUGAUCGACAAUUGGGUUGGGAAGCUACGCAAGCGACGUGGGUGAAGAUUGCAGUCGUUGCAUAUUUCGUGUUGAAUUCGAUAUUGACGUAUUGGAUUUGGGCUGUUGAGGCUGGGGAGGUGUUUAGGGGUGUUCGGAGGGAUGGCUCUUCGAUAACGAUUCAGUCAUCGACAAAAAAGCAUACUCCGAUUUACAAGGUCAAGAUUACAUAUACCUCUUCCAAGGGCAAAAUCAUUCAACAAAAGGAGAUUGAGUCUCCCUUCACGGCAUGGUUUUCGUCUACGGGAAUAUUCCAUCCGGAACCGUUUAGGGCUUGGCUUGCGAGGGAGGUUGAUGUGCUAAGGGAAGCGGAGAGGGAGACGUUGAAGAAGACGGGGGAUGUUUCGGGGCUUGUUGGUGUUGAUGAGUCUGGGAGUAAGAGGAAGGGGAAGAAGUGAUAUCAAGGAUUCGGGGGAAAUUGUUUAGUUUUCUGUUAGUUUAGGAGCUUCAUAUCAGCAUAAGUCGAAUUGAAAUCUAUACCAUGACGC